AUGAAAGCAAGUCACAUAAUCGCUGUCCUCAACAUCUGUAAACGUGGGGAUGUUGUAUUUCUAAAAAAACUACUUGCCACAGAUUGCAAUUUUAACGAGGUUGUUGAUCGUAAGGGCCGCAAUGCACUGCACUACUGUGCGGAGACGGAUUCCGUCUUAUCGGGACAGGCGAAACCGGGUGGGAGACUGGCCUGUGCAGAACUGCUCCUCGAAUCCAAAUUCAACUUGAAAGAUCAGGCUGACAAUGAUGGCUUCCUGCCAUUUCACCAUGCCGUCAUCCAUGGAAACAUUCCGUUGGUACAGCUCCUGCUGACGCACGGUGUGGAUGUAAAUUGUGCCGUUCGCCCCAGCGAUGUACAAAACAGUCCUGCGGUAGCAGGCCGCACAGCCUUCCAUCUGGCCGUCAUCUAUUCAAACUACGAGAUGCUCGACUUCCUACUAUCAGGUUCCUUCGAACUAAACAACGUCUCACAUCAAUUUCAAGUAGACGUCCAGGAGUUAGACGCCCAAUGUGCAACCGCGCUUCACUACGCCAUUCAGCUACCGGAGGCAGUGGCCGCCUCAAUGAUAAAGUGCAUCAUUGAGAAGUCAUCGAUUCGGAUCGACAGCCCGGAUGCUCAUAGACGAACACCUCUCCACUGGGCUGCUACCAUCGGCGCUGCCCACGCGGCAAGUAUUCUAAUUGAGCUGGGCGCUGACAUGACUCUCGUUGAUGAGAGUGGUCUCACGGCCAUGCACUGUGCUGCAUCACGUGGACACUCAGGCACGGUGGAGGCCAUUAUCAAACAUCUCCCAAUGGAAGAGGAAGUGGAGAAAGAGGGGAGUGAUGACGAAGAGGAGGAGGAGGAAGAGGAGGAGGAGAAGGAGGAGGGGGAGGAAGAAGACACUAAGCCUGUCGAACGUGAGGAAAGGGAGGGCCAGGAAACAAUGGAGAAGCAAACCCCCAAAGUAGACAGUUUGAGGACAAGAGUUCUGGAUGCUAUGGACGCGGACGGAUGUACACCCAUUUUCUACUCAGUCACCAUGGGACAUGCAAACGUGACGCGGAGGCUGCUUCUUGCCGGUGCAAAUGCCUGUGCUAGGGACAGUCGUGGCCGCGGCCUGUUGCACUGUGUCAGUCGAUCCAUGGUGCCGGGUAGCGCCGUGGUUGUACCUCUCCUAGUAGCUCAUGGCGUCAAUCCUGACUGGGUGAAUGCAGUGGGUGAGUCUGCCCUUCACGAGGCCUGUAGUAAUUUGAAUAGAGAAUGUGUGGCCGAGCUGCUAAAACUCGCUUCAGUGCGCCAGUCGUCCGUACUGAAUGCCAAGAAUUCUUCCCAACACACCCCCCUUCAACUUGCUACUAUGGCAGCACUUAGGACAAAUGAGAGACCGGCGGCGUGUGCGACAGCAGUCGAAAUCUGCCGAGACCUCUUUAGCGCUGGCGCUUUGGCCAAGAGUGCUGAUGGAGAUGGCACUGAAGAUAUCUCCUCACCCAUCGCCCUGGUACGCAGUUGCCUUCGAAGUGCUCCCAACUACCGACCGGCGAUUGAACUGGAGAAACUCUUUUCUGGAGAGAAAGAUGCGGGUAACGAUGACGAGGGGGUGGAGGAAGUGGGAGAGGAGAAGAUCAUGGAAGUGACUGGGACAACAAUGGAGAAGACUGAAGAGCACACCACAUCAGAGGAAAAGAUGGGCGAUGAUACGGACCAGGAUGUAGACAACACCAACUUUGAGAUUGAGGAAGAAGAAGUCAUGGAAGCAGCGCAGGGAGAAAAAGGAAGCUUCCAAAGCUCGUCCAGCAUGUUCACUGUAAACUCAAGUGAAUCCGAAAAGCCCAUUGAAGAUACUAGCUCGCAGCGGACAAUAACCCCUCUGGAUCGCUCUGUCCCCUUUUGUCCUUCCUCUGAGGAUAAUCAGGAGGCGUCGCCCUCCAAGGAGGAGGAGGAGGAGGAGGAGGAGGAGUAUGAGAAGGGAGAGGAGAGGGAAGAGGAGAGGGAGAGGGAGGAGGACUCACAGCAUCCAGAGAGUUUAACAGUAAGUAUGCAGCAGACGGCCCUCCCCUCAAGUACGGAUGGUCGAGGGGAACUUUGCUCCAAAGACGAUAAGGUGCACGAGCAGGAAGGUAUCCCGUCAGUUUGUGCCAAAGGUAGUAGACGGCGGUCAGCCCCAGCGAGCAAAGUUAAUGGUCGACGGCGCAGUUCCAACAGGUCUCGAACAUCCACGAAAUCAGUCUCGAGACCUCCUCCUGAAUUGCGUAGAAUAUCAGCACCCAUGUGGUCGACCACGGUCGAGCGCCCUCCAGCUUUUUUCAGACAAGCAAGUUGCGCCGAGAUUGGAAUUGUUUCAACUCCCUCCCGUCCUUCACGAACAAAGGUGCAGGGUAUACGCUCCAAAGUUAGUGUUCCCUCUAAUAAGACCUCAACAGUCAGUCUGUCAACCAUCAGAGAGCCUCCCUGCGCGUUGAGGCGUUCUCUGACAGAUGUGGCCUUGCAGACCGAUAGUGUCGCAAUUCCUUCGGCCACCAGUUCGGUCUCCACUGUGGUCUUCAAAACCGCAGCCGGCACUCAGACAUCUCUGAACGGGGACGCGCACGCACUGGACGGAGACAGUCUUCUCAGUUCGCGUACUUUCGUCUCUAGCACCGACACCAGCACGGAUCUUAGCCAACGACGCGGUCUGCAGGCGCCCUACCGCAAGCGGCCCCUGUCAGAGAGCAGACGGGGUACGGCAGGAAACAGGGAUGCCUUUCGACAGAACAGUCGCGGAGUCUAUGAGUCGCCGAUCACCGGACGCCAACGCAUGCCUCUGCCCACAAUCACUCCCUACCUGACCCCCGUUGCUCGCUGGCCGAGGCAGAUGGCCUCCAUGAUGCUCUUCGGUGAGGUGACGCCGCUCUAUGUUACUGGUCGCCGUCAGGUCCCGGGACCAGCCUCCCCCAAACAGCCGGCUAGAGGCGCAAUGACACUCGGCCAGAGCAGAUUCGCGGAACGCGCUCGAUCAGCCAUCGAGGCGCGCAUUCAGCUGACCGUGGCGGAGAAAGAGUUUGUCAACUUGGCUGCGCGCGUCCUGCAGCAGUAUGACACCCUGAGUCAGGAGCGAGAAGCAUUGCAAGUCGUAGGCAGACAGAAAAUGGCUCCCGAGUUUUCCCGAAACAGCCACGGAAAACGGACCUCAGAUGUGACGCGGGAGAGAAAUCAUUCAAACUACAGACGCGGAGUCUGA